CGGGAUGACAUGCAGCCACCCGAGUACGAGGAGAUUUUGUCGGCCGCGCACUUAUCAACUGCAAAAAUGUCUGGGUCUGGAAGAUUGCCAGGUUUGUCAUGCAUAUUUUGCAUGACCUAUGAUGUCCGUGAUGCAUGCCCUAGCAUCACAUAUUUUUAGAGGACUUUGCGAAUCGCAAAUUGCAAUGCCUCUACCGCAUGAGAAAUGCCCUCUCCGCAUAGCACAAACUGGAACGCUCUUGCUGGUCAUGCAAUGCACAUUUUUUUAGAAUCCAGAGACAGCAUUACAAGUUUAGAAUCUUCCAGACCCGGACACUUUUGCAAUCCAUACCACUACUUUCGCGACAAGGUCGCUCCCGAAGUAGAAAAUUUGCCGUGGUUGAAGCAUGGGGACGCUGAAAUUUUCCCCGCGAACACCCGCCAUCCAGAUGAUCCCCUGGGCCGAGGACUUCCAGCACAGAAAAUCAACUAUCAAAUGCAAAUAUGUCUGGGUCUGGAAGAGUGAGCGAUUUGUCAUCUAGCUUUUCCAUGACCCGUGAGGUCUGGAAUGCAGGACCUAGCAUGACAGAUUCUGUGCGAUCUCUCUCGUGCCUGUCCUGCAUGAGAAACUCCCUCCCGACUUGGUCAAAACUGGACGGCUUUUGGUAAUCCUGCAACACAGAUUUUUGCAUGCUUCAGAUUUAGCAUGACAAGUUGCAUUCUUCCAGACCCAGACAUUUUUACAUUUGAUAUCAACGGACUCGACUCGAUGAAAACGUUCAACGACGUGAUCGAGCUAUGCAUUGCAAAACCAAAAGUAUCGCACUCGCAUAUAAUAAUUGCAUCACUAGUUUGCUUAGCAUGAGAAAGAAAUUUUGUAAUGCGGAUUUACCUUAAGAGAAAUUUAAUGCAUGACUGCAAUUACUACGAGUGCGAUUAUACUUUGGCAGUUCAUACGAGCCCAACAUCAGCAAAUUGGCAGACCUGGUCAUUACCAAGAAGUUUCCGUGGUAUAAGCAGGACGCAGAGGUACAGAAACUCGUGGUCACGCAUUACGAUCCUCCCCCGAG